AUGGGGACGAAUGUGUCUUUCUUCGACUCGGCAUCUGAAAAAUCUCUUUAUCACCAUCCCAUCUUGCCUGACAGCCAUCUGGCUUCCCCAGCUUCAACUACAAUUACUACUCGCUCCGGGUCAGGUCAAAGCAACAUCCAGACUAAUAAUUAUAAUGACCACAACCAUGGCAACUGUACGUCAACUAGGGACAAUAUUUAUCUGGAUCAAGGAGGAGCUUUGCACAAACGUGUAAUGGGAACCAGUAGCCCAAUGUCGGUGACUAUCUCCAAUGAGGUUACGCAACAGGCCAUUUCCAGAUUACGCAAGUCCUUUAUGCUUCCCACUCCGUUUGCAUGCAUUCAGCUUUUCGACAAUAAACUUGGUGUUCACCUGCCUUCUGAACCAGAUCUUCUGGCUGACUGCCUGAAAUCAGGUGCCCUGCUUUGUCGUCUAGUCAAUCGACUUGUUUCACCUGAUGCUGUCAAAGAGGCAAGUAGUUGUCAUAUUUAA